AGGUGGAGGAGAAGGGCCAACUGAUGAAGAUGGACACGGUACCUCCUGAAGGUGGAGAAAAUCUUUCGGGUUUCCCUAUGGAGCAGGUGUUGGGCUUCUCGAAGGAGGAUCCAACUCAGGUCUUGUUGCCAGGGAAUUCAGAGUUGUGGAUGGAAACCGCUGAAACAUCUCCUCUGUCUGGUGGAGCCACAACAUCUCAGGGCUCGGUAACCUUUGAGGAGGUGGCUGUGUAUUUCACAGAGGAGGAGUGGGCACUGCUGGAUCCCAGCCAGAGAGCAUUGCACAAGGAAGUCAUGCUGGAGAAUUCUAGGAAUGUGGCCGCUCUGGCUUAUGGACAGGCGCAUGAGAAUAACCAAGAGCCAAGCCUAGUGCUAUUUCAAGGGAUCCAGUCUGAAAAGGGGAUGGUUGGAAAUCCGGGAGCAGCUCCAAAGAGUAGGAACAUUGUGAACGUCAAGAAUAUGGGCAAAAUAUCAAUCUUGGCUCCUCUUUUGUUUUACAUCACCCACCAUACAUCCGAGAGACACCAUACGCAUUUAUAA